AUGUUAUCAAGAGCUUUUGUCACUAAACACCAAGUUAGAAGGAACUUCAACGACCAUGAAGAAAACAGCUGCAGAUCAAUGUCUAUACAUGAGUACGAGGAAUUCAUCAUCGGAUUCAAACAAGACGUCCCCCUCGUAUUUUUCGACGAAAAUAACGAUCCUAAUCAUAACCAUGGUAAAACAGUCGCUCGUUCUUGUGAGCCAAGAUUGACACUAAAAGAAGUGUUGAGGGCUUCAGCUGGGGUUAUGGGAGAGUCUCAUUUUGGUAUGACUGAGAAAGUUGUGCUUUUAAAAGGGAAAAUAUGUGCUCUAAAAAGGUUUAGGAAAGUGGUUGUGAAAAAUAGUGAAUUUGGGAAAAGAAUUGAGAAAUUUGCUAGGGUUAGUAGAGAGUGCAAGCAACUUGUUCCAAUCACAGCUUAUUUAUACUCAAAGAGGAUCAAGUUUGUUGUUUGUGAUUAUUAUCCCAUGGGUAGUCUUGCUGAUUUACUUUCAGAAUUCUUGGCUGCAGGAGCAAGGGAUCUAGGACAAACUGCACUAGAAUGGAAACAACGUUUAAAAAUAAUUCUAUGUAUUGCUAAUGGUCUUGCAUUUAUCCACUCUCAAAAUCAACCAAAAAAUCAAAUUAAGGAUCACAAGGACAUAUACUUAAAUGUUCAUGGCAAUGUCAAGGCAUCAAAUAUCAUGAUCAACAUUGAUUUCACUGCUUGCCUUUCCGACUAUGGCUUCGCGCAAUUAGCAGAGUGGACAGAGUUUUCCGAUACCUGGCAAAAGAAGCCACCCCUUCUUGAAUAUGUAUAUUCUCAUAAAUUGCUAAGCCAGAAAAAUGAUGUGUAUAAUUUUGGUAUUAUUUUGUUGGACAUAUUAGGAAGGCAAGGGAUGAAGAAAGAAGAGAUGAAAAAUGGGGAGUUUGAAUUUUUGGUACAAGGCAAAGAAAGAAAACAAGCUUUUAAUGUAUUGAAUAUAGCUUUGAGCUGCAUAAAUAGUGAUCAAGAGGCUAGGCCUACAAUGAAAGAAAUAGUGAUAUACCUAGGAGAUGUUUUGAGGGUGAGAAAUUAA